AUGCCAUGCCCGCCUUUGCCUGAAGUGGAUGAACCGAUUGAAGAAGCAAGAGAGUCUUUGCCUGGCCGAAAAUCAGUUACAUCUCUCGCUUCGGAUAUUGACUCGGAGCUGCUCAGAGCUGUUCCUAUGGGCUUGUGUAUGGAGGGCUGGGGGAAGCAUCUAAGUACAACUCGCAAGUCCAACGACUAUCACUUGAGCCGUCCUGUUGAUGGAAUCGACUCUUUCCUUAGUCACGACUGGAAGACGAGUCGUUGGCUGAAAACUUUGACCUUGUUGGUAUACUUCAACAGCGUGCCAGCUGCCGUGGCAAGUUUGCUCAUGUGCAUCCUGAUUUGCCUGCUCAUCAGCCAAAGACAUUGA